UGAUAAUCCGGGUUAUGUGAGUCUCUCCUCCGGUAAACCGGUGUCCCAGCAUCAUCCCGGUGUUGUAUGAUCCCUCAGAGUAGAUACACCUUUGCUCUGAGGUUUCGGGGGAACGGUGUCAAACUUUUGAAGUUCUCAUAAAAAUAAUGGGCGGAUCUUUCCAAGACUAGUGAUUUCCCCGUGUUCCUUUCUUUUUCCUCACGGGUCAGGUUUAGUCCACACGUCCAACCCUCCAAAAGACUUGAGCUCUUCAGGGAACAAACCGGUUUUCUUUUUUUUUUCAUGAGAGCCCGUUUACCUUCAGUCUGAGAGUCUACUGGGCGGAGGGACUGAGGAGUUUGUUCACGACGAAAACCAAUUGAUUUUUUUUUUCGCUCAUGGCAGUGCAGAAAUAAAUAAAAAUAAUCUGGAUCGUGGAAAAGGAACGAAUUUGAAAAUAAGACACAGUUGAGGGCGCCGGUCAUGGAUAAGGAUAAGGAAAGGUGGUCCACGAGAUGGAAAACGAAAAACUGGCUCAGGAACUCCGCUUUAAGUGCAAUCUUCAGUCUGACUUUUGUCCUACAGGCAACACAUGUGAGAGCAGCUGAACCCGUGGAUGUGCUCAAGAUCUUAGACUUUAAAAGUUCACCAGAAGGAGUGAAGAAAACACAAGGCUUCUGCACCAUCCGGAGAGGAUCCAAACCAGAUGUGGCCUACCGAGUGGACAAACAGGCUCAACUCAGCACCCCAACCAAGCAGCUCUUCCCAGGAGGAGUAUUCCCUCAGGAUUUCUCCAUCCUUAUGACGAUCAAACCAAAGGCGGGAGUACAGUCCUUCCUUUUGUCGGUAUACAACGAGCAGGGCAUCCAGCAGCUGGGUGUGGAGGUGGGCCGUGCGCCGGUCUUCCUGUAUGAGGAUCAGCAUGGGAAGCCCGCUCCUGAGGAUUACCCCCUUUUCCGUGCCAUUAACCUUGCAGAUGGAAAGUGGCACCGUGUGGCUAUUAGCAUCGAAAAGAAGACCGUCACGAUGAUUGUGGACUGUAAGAAGAAGAUCUCUAAACCACUCAGCAGAAGUGACCAUGCAAUCAUUAACACUGAUGGCAUCACUGUCUUCGGGACCAGAAUCCUGGACGAGGAAGUUUUUGAGGGAGACAUCCAGCAGCUUCUUUUGGUGGCAGACCCUCGUGCAGCCUAUGACUACUGUGAACACUACAGCCCUGACUGUGAAACCCCCCAUCAAGAGACACCACAGGCCCAGGAACCCGAGGAAGAGUACAAUACUGAAUACACAGAUUAUAAUGAGUUCUAUGACUACACAGAAGAAGGGACUGCCACUGAAAAUCCCACUGACAACGUCGGUACUGAGACCAAGCCCAGCACUGCUGACACUGGAGACUAUAUUGAGCAGGACUAUGGCACUGAAGCCCCUUCUGUUUCCAUUCCAGUCCAUGAGAAUCCAUCGCCAAAAGAGGAAAUAGUAGACGACUACAUUACAGGGAUAGAAGAAGUUGGAGUGGAUCCCACCGUUGCCACCAAUGAGAAUGUGGAUAUUAUGGAGUCCAAAAGCACUAAUGGUGCAGAAAACCAGGACUUUAAGGAAUACGACAUUAACGAAUAUGAUGCAAAAGAGAUAGACCCCAGCGUUUAUGAAGAUGCGUUCUAUGACUACAAUACUAAUGGAGCUAAACCCACCGGAUCAACCUACGAGAGCGAGUUUGGACCAGGCCGACCUGCUGAAACGCAGGUCACAGAGAGUAAUGUUGGUGGUGGCUAUGGUGGUGAAAAGGGGCAAAAAGGUGAACCUGCAGUCAUUGAGCCGGGGAUGCUGGUAGAGGGACCCCCAGGACCACCAGGUCCCCCUGGUCUCCCCGGCACUUCAGGUAUACAAGGCUCCCCGGGCCUCCACGGAGAUCCUGGUGAGAGAGGCCCUCCUGGUCGUCCUGGUUUGCCAGGCGCAGAUGGAGCUCCGGGGCCCUCUGGCACCAUCCUCAUGUUGCCGUUCCGUGCUGGUGGGGAAGCUCACAAAGGUCCGGUGGUGACAGCACAAGAAGCUCAGGCCCAAGCCAUCCUCGCCCAGGCUCGGUUGACUAUGAGGGGACCACCUGGCCCAAUGGGAUUGACAGGACGUUCCGGCCCUGUGGGUGGUCCUGGUGCACCUGGUGCUAAAGGGGAAAGUGGAGAUCCUGGCCCACAGGGACCAAGAGGACUUCAGGGCUCUACUGGACCACAUGGAAAAGCAGGCAAGAGGGGCCGAAAUGGAGCCGACGGAGCCAGAGGAAUUCCUGGAGAAUCAGGAGCCAAGGGGGACCGAGGAUUUGAUGGACUUCCUGGUCUUCCUGGUGAGAAAGGACACAGGGGUGAGGCAGGUCCUAUCGGCUCACCAGGCCCUCCAGGAGAGGAUGGACCGAGGGGUGAGGAUGGUGAGAUUGGACAGAGAGGAAUGCCAGGAGAAAGUGGUCCAAGAGGACUUCUUGGCCCCAGAGGUUCUGCUGGGACCCCUGGACAGCGUGGUCUUCCUGGAUUGGAUGGACCACCUGGCCCUAAAGGAAAUAUGGGUCCUCAAGGAGAGCCUGGACCUCCUGGGCAACAGGGGAACCCCGGUCCGCAUGGUCUGCCUGGUCCUCAAGGCCCGAUCGGUCCACCUGGAGAGAAAGGUCCCAGUGGGAAACAGGGGCUCCAUGGACUGGCUGGGGCUGAUGGGCCUCCCGGUCAUCCUGGGAAGGAGGGUCCUCCCGGGGAGAAAGGAGCAGCUGGCCACUCAGGUCCCCAGGGGUCCAUUGGCUAUCCCGGUCCCCGAGGCGUGAAGGGUGCAGAGGGCGUUCGUGGCUUGAAGGGUGGCAAAGGAGAAAAGGGAGAAGAUGGUUUUCCUGGGUUCAAGGGUGACAUGGGCCUCAAGGGUGAUAAGGGAGAGGUUGGUGUGUUGGGCUCCAGAGGCGAAGACGGACCAGAGGGGCCGAAAGGUAAAUCGGGUCCCUCUGGAGAAGCUGGUCCCAUGGGCAUGGCAGGAGAGAAGGGAAAACUUGGUGUUCCAGGUUUGCCUGGCUACCCAGGAAGACAAGGUCCUAAGGGUUCAACUGGUUUCGUUGGCUUCCCUGGAGCCAAUGGUGAGAAGGGAGGAAGGGGUAUUGCUGGUAAAGCAGGUCCACGAGGACAAAGAGGGCCAACGGGUCCCCGUGGUGGAAGAGGUGCCAGAGGUCCAACAGGAAAACCUGGAGCAAAGGGAACAGCAGGAAAUGAUGGACCAGCUGGUGGCCCAGGAGAGAGAGGACUCCAAGGACCUCAGGGCCCUGUUGGAUUAACAGGCCCCAAAGGACCACCUGGGCCUCCUGGAAAGGAUGGAUUGCCCGGUCACCCCGGACAGCGAGGAGAGACUGGUUUCCAAGGAAAGACUGGACCUCCUGGACCUGGAGGUGUUGUUGGCCCACAGGGCUCUACAGGAGAAACUGGACCUGUUGGAGAGAGAGGACAUCCUGGAUCACCAGGGCCCCCUGGAGAGCAAGGUCUUCCCGGGGCUGCUGGCAAAGAAGGUGGAAAGGGUGAUCCAGGUCCUAUGGGGGUUUCUGGGAAACCUGGCCCUGCCGGACUGAAAGGGUUCCCAGGCCAAAGGGGGAUUCCUGGCACAGCGGGUCCAUCUGGUCUGAAGGGAGGCGAGGGUCCACAGGGUCCACCCGGUCCUAUUGGGUCGCCAGGAGAGAGAGGAGCAGCUGGACCUGGAGGACCCAUUGGUCUAACAGGACGCAAUGGCCCUCAAGGACCCCCGGGACCUGCUGGAGAGAAGGGUGCUCCGGGUGAGAAAGGACCUGCUGGUCCUGCCGGCCGGGAUGGCAUCCAAGGUCCAGUUGGACUCCCAGGCCCAGCCGGACCUCAGGGUCCACCUGGAGAGGAUGGUGACAAGGGAGAAGUUGGAGAACCAGGUCAAAAGGGAAGCAAGGGUGACAAAGGUGAACAUGGUCCACCAGGUCCAGUAGGUCCUCAGGGUGUAAUUGGAGCUCCAGGUCCUGCUGGAAGUGACGGAGAGCCCGGGCCCAGAGGUCAGCAGGGUAUGUUUGGGCAGAAGGGAGAUGAGGGGCCCCGUGGUUUCCCAGGUCUUCCCGGGCCCGUCGGACUGCAGGGUUUGCCAGGACCACCAGGUGAGAAAGGAGAGAAUGGAGACGUCGGCGCAAUGGGUCCACCUGGUCCUCCUGGUCCCAGAGGUCCUCAAGGUCCUAGUGGAGCUGAUGGUGCUCCUGGCCCUCCCGGAGGUAUCGGUGCAAUGGGCGGAAAUGGUGAAAAGGGUGAGACCGGUGAGGCAGGUAAUCCAGGGCCAUCAGGAGAGCCUGGUCCAGUAGGACUCAAAGGUGAGCUUGGAGAGAAAGGAGAAGCUGGCCCUCCUGGAGCUGCAGGACCCGCUGGUGCAAGAGGACCCCCUGGAGAUGACGGUCCCAAAGGAAACCCAGGUCCUAUUGGCUUCCCUGGAGAUCCAGGUCCUCCUGGUGAGCCCGGAGCAGGUGGACUGGAUGGCCUUCCCGGAGACAAGGGAGAUGAUGGAGAGGCCGGUCAGCCUGGUCCACCUGGUCCAUCUGGUGAAGCUGGUCCUCCAGGACCCCCUGGAAAGCGAGGUCCUGCCGGCCCAGCUGGUACAGAAGGCAGACAAGGAGAGAAGGGUGCAAAGGGUGAGGCCGGUGCUGAAGGACCAGCAGGCAAAACUGGGCCUGUGGGCCCCCAGGGGCCUCCUGGAAAGUCUGGAGCUGAGGGCUUACGUGGCAUCCCGGGGCCUGUGGGUGAGCAGGGACUUCCUGGAGCUGCUGGCCAAGACGGUCCUCCUGGACCAUUGGGUCCUCCUGGUCUUCCUGGCUUGAAAGGUGACCCUGGUACUAAGGGUGAGAAGGGUCAUCCAGGUCUGAUUGGUCUGAUCGGUCCUCCCGGUGAGCCAGGAGAGAAGGGUGACCGAGGACUGCAAGGACCUCAGGGACUUGGUGGAGGCAAGGGUGACACUGGUCCCGUUGGUGUUGCUGGUCCCUUCGGUCCCCCAGGUCCUCCUGGCAUUCCUGGAACACAAGGACAGAAAGGAUCCAAAGGAUCAUCUGGUGCAGCUGGCCAGAAGGGAGAACCUGGCCUGAUUGGACCACCAGGUCCUCCGGGCCCAGCUGGUGACAUCAUUCAGCCCCUCCCCAUCCAGACAAGUAGAAAAUCGCGGAGGUCGCCUGACAUGCAGGAUGACGAAGCUGCAGGAAUGAUGGAUUAUGGUAUGGAGGGAAUGGAGGAUGUGUUUGGAUCCCUCAACACUCUCAAGCAGGACAUUGAACGCAUGAAGUUCCCACUGGGAACCCAGGAUAACCCAGCCAGAACCUGCAAAGACCUGCAGUUCAGCCAGCCAGACUUCCCUGAUGGGCAUUACUGGAUCGAUCCAAAUAUGGGAUGCAUGGGAGAUGCCUUCAAAGUGUACUGUAACUUCACUGCAGGAGGAGAAACUUGCAUUUACCCUGAUAAGAAAUCCUCAGGGGUUAGAAUAUCAAACUGGCCAAAAGAGUCCCCAGGAUCUUGGUUCAGUGAAUUUAAGCGUGGAAAAAUUUUGUCUUAUGUAGAUGUUGAGGAGAGCUCAAUAACCUCAGUCCAGAUGACGUUCCUCAAGUUGCUCAGCUCUUCUGCCCGGCAGAACUUCACAUACAUAUGCCAUCAGUCUGUGGCCUGGUAUGACGCCAAGGCUGACAACUAUGACAAGGCGCUGCGCUUCCUGGGCUCUAAUGAUGAGGAAAUGUCGUAUGACAACAACCCCUUCAUCAAGGCUCUUUCAGAUGGCUGCUCGCUAAAGCAGGGAUAUUCUAAGUCUGUGAUGGAAAUUAAUACUCCUCGCAUCGACCAGGUGCCUAUCAUCGAUGUCAUGUUGAAUGACUUUGGGGAAUCUAGUCAAAGGUUUGGCUUUGAGGUAGGCCCUGUCUGCUUCCUCGGCUAAAGGACACCCCAUCUUACCUUUUUGGCAAAGGUCAAGGAGUGUGGCCAGCAAAGAGACCCCCUGCCCACCCCCUCCUUGCGCCAGAAACACACACACCAGCACCCGCACUGUGUAAUCAGAAAUGGAAUAUUCAUCGAACGACUGAAACCUGCAAUUGGAAUAAACCAGAAAGAGGACACGAACUACCUGGUGGACAAUGGCGCACUUUCAGGAGAAGGAGGAGGACCCAUUCCUUUACCAUCUCACCACUUUAGAGCCUGUAGGAGCCUUUUUCCGAUUUCCAAAGUUGUUGUUUUUUUUUCUCCACUUGAACUCUUAAGCCUUGUUUUUUUUGUCCCAUUCCAACCUUAAUCCCAGCACCAUUUACUCCUGAUCCCAGUCCUUCCCCAAGCCCCAAUCCAAUUAAUUCCCAAUCCCGUUCCUGCCCGUUUUCCCUGUAUCCAUUACAGAUCCUCCUCCAGGUGCUGCUCAGAGCAAGACAACCACAGUGGUGUGCUCUUGUUGUAAACACCCAAACACUUAAGGUGCUAUUGAAAGUGCAUUUUUUUUUUUUGGUCAAACUGUAAUUAUUAUUUUGUACAAUACUGUUCUUUAAUGAUUGCCUUUAAAUUUUGCAUGUGCAUCAAAAUGGAUUUGAUGAAAUAUUGAUAACUAUCGAGUAUUUUCUCGAGAAUUGUUGUUGUUGUUGUUGUUGUUUUCAUGUUUGAAAACCAACAGUGCAACAGAUUUCUUCACAAGAUGUCAAUCAAUCAAGUGUCCCUGCCAACUAUAAAAUAAAACAAGCAUUUCAAACCAUCCAAAUUUGUAAUUAUAAAGUAUCCAUUUUGUAAAUAUUGACCAGUUUAAGCACUUGAAAUGUCCUUUUUUGUCCAGUAAUAUAUGGGCAUAGUGAAGGAUUAAUGGUCUUCCACUAGCUUUCUUUUGUUCUCAAGUGGUAGCAAUGAUGCUGUGGUAAUCAGUGACUCUACAAUGCUAAAGAAACUUGAUGAAAAGUAACUUGAUGUCAGAUUGAAUUUCUUGACACUAUACCUCAAUCUCUUAAAAGACGUAUCCAAUUCAAAGAUGUUCAACCCUGUACAUACAGAGCCUUGGUUAGAAAAUCAAGUUUAUAUAUUUGAGGCAGGGAAUUUUAAAAUAAAAAAGACUAUUUGUUAAACUUUUGUUUGGUUAUUUUGUGAUUGCUACAAUUAACCCUUCUAGAUCUAAAGCAGAAACAACUAUUUUUGCUUUUCAUAGAUAUUUACAGAUUCUGGACAGUAUUGUAUUAAAAUUGAUAAUUGUUUACUGUUUGUAUGAAUCACAUCUGUGUGAUUCCCUCAGUCACACUUUUUUGUGCUGUAUGUGCAAAAGCUUGUUGAAUUCUUCAUUUCUCUUCAUAUUUAAAGUUUCUGUGUUGAAAUGUGUUCAGGUUUUGUGGUUCUGUAAUGCUCAAGCUUUGUUUUGAUUGCUUUAUUUUUCUUAUGCUUCCAUUGUUUUUACGGUUCUGUCUGUGUCCUUGAAAACCCUUCAAAUAUAUGACAGUAGACUCAGAACUUACACGUCUGUGUAACAUACUUAUAAUUUAUGUAAAACUUGGAAUAAAUGA